UUCAUUGAACCGGAUCCGGGUUUGCGUACGUGCAGCCGCUCGCCGGCGCUGCUGGCGCCACCUUCAUAUAAGCGUGAGCGUGUGCCGACGCGGCUCGCAUAUACCUCUGUGCUCAGCAUCACCGCGGCAUCAGUUAGCAAGAUGGCCGUGUCGUGUGUGCAGCUGCUCGGCCUCAUUGCGCUAGCCACCUUCGCUCUCGCGAUCUCUCCCAUCGAUCACUCGCACGACCGACACAGACACGAAGAUCCCGACGAUGACGUCAUCAUCGAAGCGACGAAAGAGAAGUUCGAGAAUGUCAUCGAAGAGUUGGACUUUGUUGCAGUCGUCUUCUACACGAAGAACUGCAAGGAGUGCGACGAAGCGCUGAGAGAGCUCGAGUACAUCGAUGACGACCUGGACAAGUACGGCAUCGAAAUGAUCAAAAUCAACAACAUCGAGGUGGCCGCUGAGCACGGGGUUACUACCUUUCCAACCCUCAUCUUCUGGCGUCGCGAGGAUCCCAUCCUCUACGAAGGCAAAUUCGAUGACCGCGAAGUUUUUGAUUGGCUGAUCCACCACAAGAACAGCUACGUCAAGGUGCUCACAGACGAUAACUUCGAGAGAGUGACACAGGCGGCAAGUGGCGCCACCACCGGAGAUUGGUUUGUUCUCUUAAAUCAGAUGACUAGAAACUUUUUGCUAAGCAUGGCGGCGGCUUGCAUUGGCCUCAUCUCUGCAGCCACGCUCAUGAUCGUAGUCUUCACCGGUCUUGGCUACCUGAAGAUUAACUCUGAUAACAUGGUGCCGCACAAAAUCGACAAGACUCAAUAA